AUGAUUGAAUGUAUGUCUCAGAACUCACCAACACAUCGAAGAGCUGGUGAGAAUUUUGAGAGUUUGUUUUUAUUGUUUUCCAUUACAUUAUUAUCUACUAACAAUGUGCGUGAUUUGUUUAUGAAAUAUCUUGGUUUUUAUAUGAAUGAAAAUAUUAUCGCUUUACCAAUUAAUAAUACUAUGGCAACAUGUGCUAUCAACAAAAACAAUUUAUUUGGCUAUUUUGAUGCAGUUUUUUAUUCUUUUAUCAAACGAUAA